AUGAAAAAAGCAAACCAAAAGCGUCAAAAAUAAAAAUACGUAGUUAAAGGAAGCAUCCCUUCUUCAACAACCUAGACAUAACCUUAAGAUCUGAUAAAACCUGAAGAAACAAAGCAUGAUAUAACUAUAAUCUAUCUCAAUGGAGAAAAAUACUCUUAAAUUGAAGAUAUUCAAAAAUAUGAAACAAUAAGGCAAGUUAGAACCAGACUCAACUUCAAGUUUGAAUACUAUUUCAUAGACUUAGAGUCUUAUGAAAUUGAAAAAGAAAAUGAAAAGAAUAUUGGACCAGCAUAAAUUAAGACUGAUGAUAACAAGAUACAUUUGAUGUAGCGAGCUAUAGAAAUGCCUUUGAGUUUCUCAACAAUUGAAGAUUAUGUAAAUAAAAUCAGAGAUAUCCUAACCAAUGAAGAAUUAAUUGAUCAGUAUAAAGAUAAAGAAGUAAGAGUUGCUAAAUUCAUUUUUGAUGAGAAUGAACAAAGAUAAAUUACGAAAAGACUAUUGAUCAUUCUUGAUAAAUCUGAUAACAUCAAGCCAAAAAGUUUCAUUUAGGUCACAUUGACUCCAGUUGAUAAGGAUGAGUAGAUAUACACUGGUAUGGCUAGUGUUUUCUCAAUAUCUUUUAAAGAAAACCAGAAAAUCGUAGUUGCAGUAGAUUUGAAUAUCUUCACACCCCACAAUGAAAAAUAGGAACUUCCCAAAUCAGAUCAAGAUUACUACCACCAUACUCUCAAAUAUUAAAAAAUUGAAAGAUUAGGCAAGUACACCAGUGCUAAGAAUGCCUUAAAUAUUUUUAGCUUAAAUCAGGAUAAAUCUGAAGAAAUUUUAAAGGCAGCCAUAUUUAGUUGCGAUUAGAUGAAAUCAUAAAAUAAAUAGCUUCCAAAAGAGAUUAUCAUUCCAGGAAUUCCAGAUACUUUUUCAUCAUCUCAGAGAGAAGCAGUAAAAAGCGCACUUACUGGUAGAUUAACACUUAUAUAAGGUCCGCCGGGUACUGGUAAGACAACAGUACUGCAGGCUGUAGCAGCGCACAUGGUGAGUGAAAAUUAUCGCAACAAUAUUCACACUCCAAUACUUAUAUGUGCUCCAUCAAACGCUGCCGCUGAUCUCAUUGCUGAAAGAUUAAGAUUUGUUCCAAGUUUGAAUGGAAACUAUAUUCGUCUACAAUCUGAACAUAGAGAAGAUAUUUUCAACACCAACAUGAAUAAUCUAAGAGAGUAUGAUUUGCUUUAAAAAAUAAUGUUCAUGGAUAUACUUGAAGCUUAGGAUGAAGUAAACAAGCAAUUCAUAUCUGUUGAUCGUCAAUAAGCAAAGUAAACUGUAGAAUAUUAUUUUUCUGAUGCUAAUUAUUACUUCAAAGAUGGCAUCGGUGAUGUGUUUCUUAAAAGUCUAGAAAUAUAAGAUGGUUAAAACUAUAUUGAAAUAGAAAAAAUUCUCUAGUUCUAUAGAAUGAAAUAAUUUCGUGUAUCAAGGGAAGAAAUAGUUGAUUUUUCUAGAUAUGCAUUUAACUUUGAGGUAGAUAGAUCUGGUUUCUAUAUCAGAAAGAAGAUAGCUGACAAAAGUGCUAUUCUAAAGCUAUUGGGCUUCAACUCAAGUUCAGUUAGAACAUUCACUCCUGAAGAACUUUUCAACUUAAAGGAUCUCAAACUCAAAAUUGAAUAAAAGACUCUAGGUAGAGCUGCUGCCAUUAUAACAACCUGCUUGAAUAGCUUUGACAAAAGACUUAAAGGGAUUAAAUUUAGACAAGUAAUUAUUGAUGAAGCAGCUUAAUGCCAAGAAAUAGAAACAUUGAUUGCCCUAAGAAAUGCAAAUCAUGCUGUAUUAAUAGGGGAUUAAAUGUAGCUUGGCCCAAGAUAUUCAUCAUUAAUUGAUGGUCCAAAAUCAAUGUUUGAAAGAAUGUAUUUAGCAAAGUAUCCUUUAGAAAUGUUGACAACACAAUAUAGAAUGCAUCCAUUCCUAUUAACUUUGCCUAACUAAAUGUUCUACAAUAACAAGAUUGAAAACGGAUACAUUUAGCAAUAUAAAAAUCAAUUCAUUGACAAAGAGAAACCUAUGCUUUUCAUUCAUAUUGAUUCAACUGAAAGCAAAUUUGGUACAUCUUACUUUAAUAUGGAGGAAGCUUAGGCAGUAAAGGAUAUAACAGAUUUUCUUGUUUUGAGAUAGAAUUAUGAUAGAAGAAGAUUUGGUUUUAUCUCUGGUUACAAUGGGCAGAUUCAAAAAUUAUCAAGCGUUCUCAGAGGAUUUAAUCUUUAAGAAAAUAGUAUCGGAACUGUGGAUUCUUACUAAGGUAGGGAAUGUGAUUUUGUAAUAUUCUCUGCAGUAAGAAGCAACAGCCAUAAAAAAUCUAACGGUAUAGGAUUUUUAAGUGAUAAAAAUAGAGCUAAUGUUGCAUUAACUAGAGCCCAGCAUGGCCUAAUUAUCAUCGGCAACAAAAACUUCUUAUCAAAAGAUCAUAAGUGGAAGUUAUAUAUUACAUUCCUUGAGCAAAAUUAAGUUGUUGUAAAUGGAGUCCAAGGUGCGGUUGAUUACAUACUAAAAAUGAAUAGUAGAAUUGGGGCUUAAUCAGUAAUAGACUCUUCAGCUUUUAAUCCUGAUGAAGAUUUUAUGUGA